AUUGCAAGAACCAGGAUCAAGUUGCCAGGCCCCUUGAAACUUGGGGAAGGAAAACCAGAGAAUCAAAAUCAUGCUCUCAUCUUUACUCGUGGCGGUGCAGUGCAGACUAUUGAUAUGAACCAGGACAACUAUUUCGAGGAGGCGCUCAAAAUGAGAAAUCUUUUGGAAGAAUACAGGCGCUACUAUGGAAUUCGGAAGCCUACUAUCUUGGGAGUCAGGGAACACAUUUUUACUGGUUCUGUCUCAUCGCUGGCAUGGUUUAUGUCAGCCCAGGAAAUGAGUUUUGUCACCUUGGGACAGCGUGUUUUGGCAAACCCUUUGAAAGUUCGAAUGCAUUAUGGCCAUCCAGAUGUCUUUGACAGGUUUUGGUUCUUGACUCGUGGUGGCAUCAGUAAAGCUUCUAGGGUGAUUAACAUUAGCGAAGACAUUUUUGCUGGCUUUAACUGCACUUUGCGAGGAGGCAAUGUCACACACCAGGAAUAUAUACAAGUUGGUAAGGGAAGGGAUGUCGGGUUCAAUCAAGUUUCCAUGUUUGAAGCCAAGGUUGCCAGUGGAAAUGGCGAGCAGGUUCUUAGCAGAGAUGUCUAUAGGUUGGGCCAUAGAUUGGAUUUCUUCCGAAUGCUAUCCUUCUUUUAUAUUACUGUGGGAUUUUAUUUCAACACAAUGAUGGUUGUUCUGACAGUAUAUGCAUUUUUAUGGGGCCGGCUCUAUUGGGCUCUUAGUGGUGUUGAAGCUUCUGCUAUGGCCAGUAACAGCAGCAAUAAUAAAGCACUUGGUGCUAUUUUGAAAAAGCAAUUCAUCAUCCAACUUGGCCUUUUCACUGCACUUCCGAUGAUAGUGGAGAACUCUCUUGAGCAUGGAUUCCUCCAAGCUAUCUGGGAUUUCUUGACGAUGCAACUUCAGCUCUCAUCUUUUUUCUGCAGAUUCUCCAUGGGAACUAAAACUCACUUCUUUGGUCGAACUAUCCUUCAUGGAGGUGCAAAAUAUCGGGCGACUGGUCGUGGUCUUGUUGUGCAGCACAAGGGUUUUGCAGAGAAUUGUAGACUCUACGCUCGUAGUCAUUUUGUGAAGGCGAUUGAGCUCCCAAAAAAUGAAUGA